CUUUUAGGCCCGCCCAAUUCAAUUCUUUCUCGGCUCGACUGGCUCCCAUCGGCCCCACCCUGGACGAGACUCCUUGAACAUCAUCAAGAUGGUAGAGGAAAGCCAAGGAGCGCCAUUCGACCCAACCGAACACCCACAUCGGCGAUGGAACCCGCUGACAAGGUCCUUUGUCCUCUGCUCGCCCCAUCGGACAAAGCGACCGUGGCAAGGUGCUCAGGAGACGCCGUCAAAGGAGAGACUGCCUGCGUACGACGAAAAGUGCUACCUCUGUCCAGGAAAUGCCCGGGCAGGGGGACAGCUCAAGAAUGAAGACUAUGAGAGCACUUUCGCUUUUGAGAAUGACUUUGCAGCGCUGCGGCCGGACAAGGUCCAGGACAUUGCGGAAGGUCAAGAUGGAAACGCACACCCACUGCUGCGCUCCUUUCCAGCUCGUGGCAGGUGCUACGUGCUGUGCUUCCACCCGUCGCACAACCUAACCAUUGCCCAGCUCACGACGGCGCCCUACACGGCAAAGGAACACAUCCUCCCCAUCAUCCAGGCAUGGACGCGCCUCUACCAGUCCAUCCCCGCCGACAACCCCUUUGUGCGCUACGUGCAGAUCUUUGAAAACAAGGGCAGCGCCAUGGGUUGCUCGAAUCCGCACCCGCACGGCCAGAUCUGGAGUCUCGACUACAUUCCCGAGGAGCCGCAAAAGGAGCUCGAGAGCAUGAAGGCAUAUGCCAAUGACGAGCUCAACAUGGGCUGUGCCAAGGACGACAGAGGCAGGCCUUCGCUUCUGCUCACCUAUGCCCAGCUGGAGCUCUCGCUAGCCGAUCGGCCGAGGGUGUUCGAGGUCAAUGACGACUUUGUCGCCGUCGUGCCCUACUGGGCCGUUUGGCCGUUUGAGGUCCUCGUCCUUCCCCACAAGCGUCAAAUUGCAAGCUUGGCCGAGAUGAGCCAAGAGGAAAAGCUAUCGCUAGCAGAGAUGCUGGGCGCAGUGGCGUGCCGAUUGGACAACAUCUUUGAGUGCAGCUUUCCCUACAGCAUGGGCAUUCACCAGAGGCCCGUCGCCACCUCGCAGGGAGGUCAGGAUGAGCUAGGAGACUACGCGCAAUUUCACAUUCACUACUACCCACCGCUGUUGCGGAGCGCCACGGUGCGAAAGUUCCUCGUCGGCUUCGAAAUGAUGGGUGAGCCUCAGCGAGACCUGACAGCCGAGCAGGCUGCAGCCAGGAUUCGCAGCUGCCCCACGACCCAUUACCUUGCUGUGGAAUCGUCGUGAAGCUACCUCGCUUUUCACGCUAAAUCACCGUCUCACCUCUCGUAGACACACUCAACACAUUCAUACACACAUACAAAAGCACGCACCCUCUCUUCUAAGAGUUUGCCUUUUCUCAGUGUGUGUAAUUUAUUGAGCGAUGCGAAGGAGCUCCGUUGUACAUGUACAAAGCAAGAUGCCAAAGCAUAAAGAGGCUGUCACAGCUCGAGACUCUACCUCAUGUUGACCAUCCACA